AAGAUAAAAAAAAUCGCUAAUAAACCUCACUGACUGACAUUGACCGACCUCUGCCUGCCUCCCUCGUUUACGCACAGUGACCGGCGAUCCCUCCGUCUCCGACAGCCACCUCUCCCCCGCGUCCACUUUCUCCGUCCCUCCGACUCCACGCGUGGCCUUCUGUAUUGCGCCACCGCUACCCACGGCCCUCGAUUACCAGCCGGUUCGCAUGUGGAGCUGACUUUGGAGCUGGGACUGCAAGGCAUGUCCGCCAUCUUAGGGUCUCCGUUCAACAGUGUAAGGGAUUGAAGAAUGAGUCAACAGCCAUAGGUGAUCCUCGCGACUGCUAGCUACAAUCACACGAUUAAAUUUUGGGAAGCCAAAAGCGAAUGCUGCUACCACAUGAUCCAGUACCCUGAUAAGCUCGUGGCCUUCUCUGCCACUCGUGGCCUUCUCCGCUGCUCUUCAUGGCCUCCUCUGCUGCUCUGCUCCUGUACCACCUCCUCUACUCCAAUCAGCAACCCUCUCGAGGCCCGUGACCAACCAUUUGCUCUGCUCCAGCUCCUCUGCUCGAGCUGCGACCACCUGCUGCUGCUUGAGCUACGAGCUGUUCCUUCUUUCGACGUCCUGCCCCAGCGCGAGCUGCUGCUGCCGCUGCCGUGGCCCUCAACAAGCCGAGCCUCUGUUGAGGUGUAAGGGAUUGGAGGAUGAGCCAACAGCCGUCGGUGAUCCUCGCGACUGCUAGCUAUGAUCACGCGAUUAAGUUUUGGGAAGCCAAAAGCGGACGUUGCUACCGCACGAUCCAGUACCCAGAUUCGCAAGUUAAUCGGCUUGAGAUAACUCCAGACAAACGCCACCUUGCUGCUGCUGGAAAUCCCCAUAUUAGACUGUUCGAUAUCAACUCAAACAGUCCGCAACCAGUGAGAAGUUUCGAUUCUCAUACCAAUAAUGUCAUGGCUGUGGGGUUUCAGUGUGAUGGAAAUUGGAUGUAUUCAGGCUCUGAAGAUGGCACUGUAAAGAUUUGGGAUCUGAGGGCUCCUGGGGGUUGUCAGAGAGAAUAUGAAAGCCGGGCCGCUGUGAAUACGGUCGUUCUUCACCCUAAUCAGACUGAGCUGAUAUCUGGCGACCAAAAUGGAAAUAUUCGCGUGUGGGAUUUGACAGCAAACUCAUGCAGCUGCGAGCUCGUUCCAGAGGUGGAUACAGCAGUGAGAUCUCUGACUGUAAUGUGGGAUGGAAGCUUGGUGGUUGCUGCAAAUAAUCAUGGGACUUGUUAUGUUUGGCGUUUGUUAAGAGGAAACCAGACAAUGACCAACUUUGAGCCACUUCAUAAGCUUCAGGCACAUAAUGGAUACAUCCUCAAGUGUCUUCUUUCGCCUGAGUUCUGUGAACCCCAUAGAUACCUGGCAACUGCUUCUUCUGAUCAUACUGUCAAGAUCUGGAACGUCGAUGGCUUCACAUUGGAGAAGACUUUGGUUGGUCAUCAACGCUGGGUGUGGGACUGCGUUUUCUCAGUUGAUGGCGCCUAUCUUAUUACAGCUUCAUCUGACACGACUGCCAGGUUGUGGUCCAUGGCAAGUGGAGAAGAAAUAAAGGUCUAUCAGGGGCAUCAUAAAGCCACGACAUGUUGCGCGCUUCAUGAUGGAGCUGAAACUUCCCCUUGCUGAAAAUUCUGAACUAUUGUUCUGCAACGCGUCUGCCUGUUUUUACACCGUUCGAUAACCUUAUCGUCCUUCUAAUUUAAAUGGUUUUCUGUACAGAGGAUAAAAGAAUGUGUGAUGUGCAUUUGUCUGGAGUUAACCAUGGUGGUUGUAGCAUCAUUUCAGUGACCAAAACAUAGCAAUUGAUAGCCUUUCUGCAGAA